UAUAUGCAAGUGUGCUAUAUAGUUAGGCCAUGUUGAGGUUAAGAGACCUAAGUAUAUAGGACAUGUUCAGGUUAAGACAUAUAAAUAGGCGUUCUACUGGUUUCACCAGAGCGCCAGGUACAAAGCUCGAUACCAAUGCGAUAGUUGAUUCUUACAAGUAUGCGAAUUAUAUGUCCGUAUCUCAACCUACUGCACAAUUGGGUAAGUGUACCAAUAGUCAAUUAUGGAACAGGGCAAUAAAAAACGCGCACGUGUAUGGUUCAAGGAUCAACCUUUCAGUGGGAUCUAAGAGUGUGCACACGUGUGUACAGUUUCGCACUUACUAUGGAAAGGCGUCGACAACAUAUUCGAAAGAACAUAACCAGCAGACAAAGACAGUCUAUGACAUGCGAAGUGAUACGGUUACAAAGCCCUGUAAAGGCAUGAGACAAGCUAUCGCCAGUGCAAUGGUAGGCGAUGAUGUGUUUGAGGACGACUACAGUAUAAGGUCGUUGGAGGAACGUGUCGCAAAGUUGUGUGGAAUGGAGAAGGCCCUCUUCUGCCCGUCAGGAACUAUGACCAACCAGCUGGCAUUGCGCGUGCAUGUGGGCGCGCUGGAGAGUGUGGUGAUGGAUCACCGAGCGCACAUCUUCCAUUACGAAGGCGGUGGUCUGUCCUAUCAUUCUCAGGCGCAGGCUUUACCCACGCAGCCAAAGGCGGGUGAGCGGCAUUUGACUGCGGAUGUGGUGGAAGCAGCCAUAUUCGCGGAGGAUAUACACUGUCCCACAACAACGUUGGUAUCGCUGGAGAAUACCUUGCACGGCAGUGUAAUGCCUUUGCAGUACAUGGUCGAUAUCAAAAAAAUGGCGGAUGAAAAGGGGGUCAAAGUGCACCUCGACGGAGCUCGUUUGUGGAAUGCAAGUGUUGCGAGUGGCGUGUCUAUUGAAGAAUACUGCAAGAAUGUGGAGAGCGUAUCGCUGUGCCUGUCCAAGACACUUGGUGCACCCAUCGGUUCCUUGCUCGUGGGUGACCAUGCGUUUAUAACCAAAGCCAGGAAGUUCCGCAAGAUGUUCGGAGGGGGCUGGAGACAGGCUGGGCUGCUAGCUGCGGGCGCUAUGUACGCAAUUGAUCACAACUGGGGUUCUACUAUGCAGGCGGUAUUCGACCGGACGAAGGCGCUAGGCGAAGGUUUAAGAGAUCACGGAAUUUUGGUCAACGAACAGUUCGGAGGGGAGAUUGAGACAAAUAUGCUUUGGUUGGAGUUCGCACCCUUCCUGGAAAAGCACGAUUGUGAUCUUUACACCGUCGGCCAGGCACUUGAAUCCCGGGGUGUGCUUAUCUUCGCUGGACGACGAGG